CAGAAUGGACGUCAUCAGGCAAUCGUCUGUUUCAUCUGUUCCAGCCGCCCACCAUGCAGUCGUCAGGAAAUUCGCACUUCAAAACCACGAGCCUCUUCAAUGUCGAGGGUUGGGUCGUCCUCGUCACCGGCGGCGCGACCGGCAUUGGCCUCAUGAUUGCACAGGCUUUUGCCAACAAUGGCGCCCGCGUGUACAUCGUCGGUCGCCGUGAGGAGGCCCUCGAAAACGCCGUCAAGACGUGGGGAAAGAACCUCGAGCAUCCUAAGGGCCAGCUCAUCCCUAUUAGCGCGGAUAUUACCGACAAAGACUCGAUAGAAACACUCGUGAACGAUAUCGGUAACAAAGAGAAGAAGCUGGACGUCCUUGUGAACAAUGCCGGUGUCAGUCUUGGCACAAGCUCGGUUGAGAAGGGGCAGGAAAGCGCGGAGGCUUUGAAAGUGGAGCUUUGGAAGGAAAAGUGGGAAGACUGGGAGACAAUUUUCAAGACCAACGUCAUAGGAUACUUCUUCACUUCUGUUGCUUUUCUGCCGCUGCUUUCUGCCGCGAAUCGCCCCGACCACACGCCAUGUGUCAUCAACGUUUCGUCCAUCUCUGGCAUUACGCGCACGACACAGCACCACUUCAACUAUAACACCUCGAAGGCUGCCACCAUCCAACUCAACAACCUGCUUGCGCAGGAAUUCAGCCAGCCAGGUGUGAAGGUCCGCGUCAACUCAGUCGCGCCUGGUAUUUUCCCGAGCCAGAUGACGACGGAUAGCAAGGACGAACAGAACAAGUCGCAAAUUCCUGCAGGCAACGAUUAUGGCGAGAAGAAAGGAAUACCUGCUAGUCGUCCUGGCGCCGAAACGGACAUGGCUCAGACUGCAUUGUACAUCGCCUGCAACCAGUAUCUCUACGGCCAGACCAUCGCGGUGGACGGUGGAUACCUCCUGAAACACCCAUAAGUAAUAAGC